AUGGGGGCUGAGGAUGAGCCGGAUGUACCACCUCCAUCCGUGAGGCCACCACUACCGCUAUCAAAUAAAAAAAGGUCGUGGACGUGGGAACAUUUUACCAAGGUUGACGGUAAUCCAAAUGAACCGCAGUUACUUGCAACCAUUGUGGUCAACAAGUUGGAUGUCAUUCAAAUAAAUAAGGCACCACUUGCUGCUACUCACCUCAUGGCUCAUGGAUCACGGGCUCACUGCUCAGUGGCUCACAGCCUCACAUGGGGAUUUUGGAUUUCCGGCGUUAACCCAGCUGGCCAACUCACCUCACGUCGCCGUCGAACUCGUAUUCUCACUUCACAGUUCCCAGUUCUCACUUCUCAUUUCGGGAUUCUCUAUUUUCUGAUGAGUUCGGCAGCAGGUGAAAAUGAUGAUUUGAUUGAUUUGGACCUGUUUGAGUCAAAAAGUUUUCAAAAUGAGGAAUCUAAAACAAAACGAAGGAAACGGUCAAACGUGUGGACUUUUUUUGAAAUGGUUCCUGAGUCUGAGAACAAUGAUGGCAAGCCACAAGCAAAGUGCAAGAUGUGUGGAGUUACUUAUAUGGCUGCGAGUAAAUAUGGAACCGGAAAUAUGAAGCGUCACAUCGACGCAUGCCCUAGGAGAAGUUCACGAGAUAUUGGUCAGAUGAUGUUAUCACAAGGUAGUGGAUCUAUUUCAGUAAGCACUCCUAAAUUUGAAACUAAACAAUAUAGAGAACUUUUGAUAGCUGCUAUUGUGAAGCAUGAACUGCCUUUUCGUUUUGUUGAAUACUCAGGGUUGAGAUCUUUGUUACAAUAUUUACGUCUGGAUGUUCCAAUUAUUUCUAGGAAUACUGCCAGAACUGAUUUAGUUAAGAUAUAUAAUCGAGAAAAGAGAAGGAUUAAAUGCAUGUUAAAUGAUUCUCCUGGUAGAAUUAGUCUAACAUCUGACUUGUGGACUUCUAUAACCACUGAUGACAAUGCUUCGUCUAAUGAUGUUUCAGUGGAGUUGUUAAGAACUCAAUUGAACAUUAAAAAAGCUCUUCUUUGUGAUGGUGAGUUCUUUCAUCUUCGUUGUUGCGCUCAUAUUCUGAAUUUGAUAGUACAAGAUGGAUUAAAAGAUAUUGAUUUUGCUAUCCAAAAAGUUCGUGAGAGUAUCAAGUAUGUCAAAGGGUCACAAUCAAGGAAGGUAAAAUUUUUAGAUUCUACAAAACAAAUAUCUUUGGAUAGCAAGAAAGGGUUGAGACAAGAUGUUCCCACUAGAUGGAAUUCUACUUUUCUUAUGCUUGAGAGUGCUAUUUUCUAUCGUCGUGCUUUCAGUCAUUUGGAGUUGACUGAUUCUAAUUUUAAGCAUUGUCCAUCAAUAUUUGAUUGGGAAAAAAUAGAGAAGAUCAACAGUUUGUUGGGAGUUUUUUAUGAAGCCACUUGUGAUUUUUCUGGGACCAAAUACCCUACAGCCAAUCUAUACUUUCCAGCAGUAUUUUUGAUUUAUUUUACAUUAAAGCGACACUCUGAAGGUGAAGAUGACUACAUGAAGACCAUGUGUUAUAAAAUGCUUGUUAAGUUUGAGAAAUAUUGGUCUGAGUUCAAUGUAUUAUUGGCUAUAGCAGUUAUUUUGGAUCCUCGAUACAAGCUUCAUUUUGUUGAUUUUUCUUAUACAAAACUUUAUGGGGAUUGUUCCAUUGAGUAUAUGAAUGUUCGAAGCAAAAUUUCAUCUCUUUUCAUGGAAUAUAGUUCUUCUAGUGCUCUCACAUGUUCUACCACGACUUCUGAUAGCACUUAUAGUAGAGCGGAAAGUCAAUGUUCGAUUAAUAAACAAGUAUUUCAGGAAUUUGAUUCAUUUAGACAUGAUGACCUUGCUGCCCAUAUGCAAAAAAGUCAAUUGGAUCUUUACUUGGAUGAACCUAGGGCAGACAGAAAUGCAAAGAUUGACAUUCUUUCCUUUUGGAAAGGAAAUGAGUUUCGUUAUCCUGAUCUUGCUUGUAUGGCUCGUGAUAUUUUGAGUGUUUCAGUUUCUACAGUAGCAUCUAAAUUUACUUUUAGUGUUGGUGAGCGUAUCAUUGAUCAAUUUAAGAGUGCACUAAAAGCAGAUAUUGUUGAAGCAUUAGUCUACACUAGAGAUUGGCUAUAUGGCGAGGAGCAAGAAACACAAGAAGUUAAAUUGGACGAGUUAACCGAAAAUGUAAUGGAAUUGGAGAAAAACAAGGACAAGGAGGACGCUCCACCUCAUUCUUGA